CAUCUUUAUCAUUCAAUUUUCAUUUUUUGGUUCAAGACUGGUACAAUACAGCUCUUCUGAUCAUAUUUAAAAUACAGUGAUUGAGAAAAUGAUUGAGCUUUCUCAAUGGAGAGCAUGUAUUGGGUUGUGGAACUGCUGCUGUUCUGGAAUGAAACUAAAGUUAUGCCAAGAUGGAAAGAAAAUAAAGCAAUCUAGACGUAUCUCAGAUGUACAUGUAGACAAUGGAUUCCGGCUAUUGAAACUGACAUUUUUUGUCAAUUUUCUAACUGUCACCCUCAGUUCUAUUUUUAUUACAAUAGGACUCAAAAUAUUUUUCUGUUCUCUUCUCCUUCUUUUAUCUGGAGAUGUUGAGCUCAAUCCUGGUCCAGUAAUUGAUGAACAGCCUGAUAUUUCUGUGUUGCUUGAUCUACUGGAGCCACUUGAAAACUGGCAGUCGUUUGGUUGUCAGUUGCCUGGAGUAACACAACAAAUUAUUGACAUGAUCCAACAGCCUAAAAAGAGCCCAAGGCAACAAAAGAAAAUUCUUUUUGAAAAAUGGUUUGAAGAGAAUCCUAAGGCAACAUGGAAGGAUGUCCUUACUGCUUUAGAAGGAAGACAAGAACCUAAAUUGAUAAAAGACAUUGAAGAUUACCUUAAAAAUAUAAGUUCCAAGGAAAUAUUGCGUUCAUAUUCAGACAAACUAACUGCUGCUAUUGCUAACAGCCUUUACACAGUGACUAAUGCACUGUUUGCUAAGGAACUAAUAUCGUUGGACAUUAAAUCUCACAUAUCAACAAAAAAUGAUUCAGAUUAUGAAAAGGCCAGCUACUUAGUGACUACAUUACUGAGACAAAUGGAAGCAUCUUUACAUCCACAAAAGGAUUUGAUCAGCCUUUGUCAUAUAUUAAUAGAACAAAAACAUCAAGCACUUACAGAUAUUGCUACUUCUAUAUUGGAUCAAUUAGUUUGCUCUAUGGUUAUAUUAGUUUAUCGUAAAUUUGGAGGUCAUCUCCCAACUAGUGUAUCUGAACUGUAUGAAAGCUUUAUUUUACAAACUAUUAGAAGGCAUGUCAAUAAUACUUCUAAUGAACAAUUAAAUCUUGAAAGUCUUAAUAAAUUGCCAUCAGGUUUAAAUGCAACUCUACAACAAAUGUGUGAAUUUGCUUACUUUAGUUUAAAAGAACAAACUAAUAAAAUGACUUUCACUCGUUCUCAAUUACAGUCUCUGAAUAUUGCAACCAAGGAAAACUACCUUGGCUUAAUCACGACUAUUACUGACUUUGAUGAGGAAUGGUUUGUGGCUGGUCUAACUAAGCUUCAGCAUGAAAGCUAUCAAAAAUAUUUUAGCAGCACAGUAUUUGACUUGCAAUGUAAAAGGUGUUUAUUUGAGAUCGAAUCCUGUCAUCCAUGGGUCACUCCAGACAAGAAUCAUGCUGAUCUUAGAUUUAGAAUUUGGAAUUACUUACAUUUUCAUCCAUUUCAAUUUGCCAAUCAAUGGAACUACAUCAAUAAAAAAUUAGAAAGAAGCACUCCAGCUCAAUCUAAGACAGUGGUAAUAGAUUCUUUUUCACCAAAAAAAUAUGUUCACUUAGAAGUAUCAACCUUUUUGAAUAUUUUUAAGGAACAAUUGAAGCAAGUGAUCAAGGCAUAUGAAAAGCAAGAACAAAAGCCACUAUCUCAUAUUGAAUUAUUGAUUAAGACGUGA